AUGGCGAAGUCCAAAGCAGCCAACAAUAUUUGGGCGAUCGAACUCGGCAACGAGCCUGACCCCCCGUGGAACGAGACACGGGAAGGGGCCAAUGAAAAUGAAUGGGCACAGGUCUUUGCGAACCAUUGGAAGAGCCCUCUUCCCAUCCUUGCCGGCGGUGGAUAUGCAAUUCCUUUCCAGAUAGAACCCGGGUGGCCCAACUUACCUUAUCUGGUCAACGAGGCUUAUAACAAGACUGUCAGGGCAGCGACAAAGGUAUACAAUGGACAUUUGUAUGCUUUCUCAAACGCGUCAGUAAACGAUCUGGAUGUCGAGAUGUCACAUCAGAGAACAGCUGAGGACCUGAACCUUCUGCCCAUCUCAACCGCCAGGUCUGUCGGCAGGCCAUACAUCAUUGGUGAGACGGGCUUCCAUGGAUUAGACUACGAAAUGGACGCAACUUUCGGUUCUGCCAUCCAAACCGUCGACAAGACCUUACGUGCUUUGUCUAUUGGGACUCAGCGACUAUUCUACCAUCAGGGAACUAUCAAUCGAGCUUUCUUUAACUGGUGGCGAAGCGAUCAACUGAACGCUAAUUUCUACGGCGCCUACUUCGGAGCUCUUGCUACAGCAGAUGGCGAUCACAUCGUGGCAAGUGACAACGGCAGCGACCGAUACGCGCAGUACAUCAUCUAUCGAAAGGGCAAGCCGUCCAAGCUUAUCUUUGUCAACACCGAUUACUACUCGGGUAUUGGCUCUCGCUCCACUACAAGCUUCACAGUCACUGGUCUCAAAAGCGGUGUUGUAAAAGCGCUUCGCAUGACUGGCCCAAGCAGCGAGACUCUAGUUCCCCUCAAACAGACUAAUCCGGAUCUUGAGCCCAGUAUUGCAGGACAAUACUUUUCUAACCAGAACUGUGAUCUUAAAGGUGCUCAGAGGUUUGAGACUUUCAAUGUUAAGAAGGGAAAGCUUGUUACAGAUCUUAAAGCAUCGGAAGCACUUAUUGUCUACCUCUUGACUAACACUCCAUUGCAGAAGAGAUUUGAAAAGGCUCAGGAGGAUAUAUUCCCAGCUGCUUAUUGUGUUCUUCAGCAUAGUACUGACACAAUCUACAAUUUUGCCUGGCUCAAAUUUCAAGAUGAAGGCAGAGACAAUAAAGAUGCAGAUAAUAAGAAGACUGACAACGACAAAUUAACAGAGAAGAAAAAGGAUGAGAAAAAGAAACAUCACCAAGCGAUUUUACACCUUGGCAAUGUGAUCUACAGAAUCCACGACCAUGCUUCAUCGGGCCUUGAACCAAUGACGAAGACGAGGCUUGGUACCGUCUACAGGAAGUGA